CUCUCAAUCCAACUCCUGACACCAUGGCCUGCUGUCAAACUAGCUUCUGUGGAUUUCCCAGCUGCUCCUGUGGGACCUGUGGCCCCAGCUGCUGCCAGCCAAGCUGCUGCCAGACCAGCUGUUGCCAGCCAACCUGCUGCCAGACCAGCUGUUGCCAGCCAACCUGCUGCCAGACCAGCUGCUGUGGGACCGGCUGUGGCACUGGCUGUGGCCAGGAUUGUGGCUGUGGAGGUGUGAGCUGCCGCACCAGGUGGUGCCGCCCUGACUGCCGUGUGGAGGACACCUGCCUGCCCCCUUGCUGUGUGGUGAGCUGCACGCCCCCAACCUGCUGCCAGCUGCACCAUGCCCAGGCCGCCUGCUGCCGCCCAUCCUACUGUGGACAGUCCUGCUGCCGCCCAGCCUGCUGCUGCUACUGCUGUGAGCCCACCUGCUAAAAGCCAAGUUAAUGAUUUUCAACCUGAAGUUGCAACUUCCAACUCAAUCCAUGAACUAAUUAUUUCUUCAACCAUUCCUGGACUACUAACAAGUUCUGGAACUUUUAUUUGACUUUUGUUGUGGGAGUUAGCAAAUACUUGAGCCUUGCAGACCUGAUCUCCCCACUGAGGCUGCCAAAAUGUAAAUUUGACUCAAGAAAUGGGAAAACCAAUUUGCAUUGGGCUUGACCUUCAGCAAGCAUUUGAUCCCAUGCUCCAGGACUCAGUGCUGCCGAAGCCGGGCAAGAACUAUCUAUACUUCUUAGACGCGUUCACCUCCUCAAUCUACCAUCCUUCAA